CUUCUUUAAACCGGAAGUGGUGUUCACGUAUCAGCAGCGCACUGAUUUCUCCCACAACAAUAAGACGGAGACGAAUAUAAGCAAGUGAAACCAUCAGAGUAACUAAAUAAAGCUCUAGUAAUUCCCGGGUUUGAGGACAUACCGCAGUCAGUCAUGCUGUCGGAUGCAGAUUACUCCGGGAACGCCUCUGGUGCUCGGCGGGGGAAGAAGAGGAGCUCCGGGGAGUCACCGGGGGACGGACAGACCCUGAGAACCUCUGGGAGGCAAACCAACGUCCGCGUGAAGCGCACCAACAACCCUCCACCUGGACAGAGCAAAAGAAAAGCCACAGACACAGAGGAAGAAGACGACCAAUCCGAGAAGAAGUACAGAAAGUGUGAGAAGGCCGGAUGCUCAGCCACAUACCCAGUUUGUUUUGCAAGCGCAUCUGAUAGAUGUGCUAAAAAUGGAUACACGUCUCGAUGGUAUCAUCUGUCAUGUGGUGAGCAUUUUUGCAACGAAUGUUUUGAUCACUACUACAGAAGUCACAAAGAUGGCUAUGAGACUUUCGCCUCAUGGAAAAAAGUGUGGACUAGUAACGGGAAAAGUGAGCCCAGUUUGAAAGCUUUCAUGGCAGAUCAGCAGCUCCCAUUCUGGGUUCAGUGUACUAAACCUGACUGUAGGAAGUGGAGACAGCUGACUAAAGAGAUCCAGCUCACUGCUUCUCUUGCAGCAACAUACCGCUGUGGUAUGAAGUUCAACAACAUCAAGAGUGAAGGACCGGACCAGUGCUCCCAACCAGAAGACUUGAGAGUGGCAGAAGUGACCGACAGCUGGUGGCAUUCAAUGUUAAUUUUGCCGCCAUUAUUCAAAGACAGUCCAGCCAGCCCUUUCCUCGCUGCGUAUUACCCUGACUGUGUGGGGAUGAGUCCAUCAGGAUCCUCCAGCAACGUUUCUCUGUCUGAGCUGAGGGCAGAUCACUGCAGAGCCAUCCAGCCACAGAUUCCAGGUCUGUGUCCAUACUUCCAGCCUUUCUAUCAGCCUAAUGAGUGUGGAAAAGCUUUGUGUGUACGACCAGACAUGAUGGAGCUGGAUGAGCUUUACGAAUUUCCAGAAUUUUCCAGAGAUCCCACCAUGUAUUUGGCUUUGCGUAACCUCAUCCUGGCCUCAUGGCACAAAAACUGCAAGGAGGUGCUGACUUCCCAGAAGUGUGCAGAGAACAUCAUGGUGCGGGGUUUGGUGCGUGUGCGCUGUGUGCAGGAGAUGGACCGAGUGCUGCACUUCAUGACCAGGAAGGGCCUCAUCAACACCGGUGUGCUGGCAGUGAAACAGCCUCUGCUCCCUGAAAGAUACUGCUCUAAAAAUGUUAUUGUCAUCGGUGCCGGGGCUUCAGGUCUGGCUGCUGCACGUCAGCUGCAAAACUUUGGCACUCAGGUGAUGGUGCUGGAGGCGAGGGAGAGGAUUGGAGGUCGUGUUUGGGAUGAUACUUCUCUGGGCCUCACUGUGGGCAGAGGAGCUCAGAUUGUUAACGGCUGUGUGAACAACCCCAUCGCCCUGAUGUGUGAACAGAUGGGCAUCAAGAUGCACAAAUUGGGGGAGCGCUGUGACCUCUUUCAAGAGGGUGGCCAGGUUACCGACCCAUCCAUCGACAAGCGCAUGGACUUCCACUUCAAUGCCAUCCUGGACGUUGUCUCAGAGUGGAGGAAGGAUAAGUCACAGAAUCAGGACACACCACUGAAAGAAAAAGUCCAGGAGGUGAAGAAGAACUUUCUUCAAGAGUCUGGGAUCCAGUUCAGUGAUCUGGAAGAGAAAGUGCUUCAGUUUCAUCUCAGCAACCUGGAGUACGCCUGUGGAAGCACACUAGACCAGGUAUCAGCAAGAUCCUGGGACCACAAUGAAUUCUUUGCCCAGUUCUCAGGAGACCACACUCUACUCACAAAAGGCUACUCCGUGUUAUUGAAGAAACUGGGGGAGGGGCUCGACAUCCGCACAAAAAGCCCGGUUCAGUCAAUCGAUUACUCAGGUGAUGUUGUCAAAGUUACCUCCUCCAAUGGCUCCAAAUGGACGGCACACAAGGUUCUUGUUACAAUCCCCUUGACUUUACUACAGAAGAAUUUGAUUCGUUUCAACCCUCCUCUUCCUGAAAGAAAGCUGAAAGCAAUUCACAGUCUGGGAGCCGGUAUCAUAGAAAAGAUUGGACUUCAGUUCCCGUACAGAUUCUGGGACAAGAAGAUCCAGGGGGCAGACUACUUUGGUCACUUACCUCCAAGUCCGGACAAGAGGGGCAUGUUUAGUGUCUUCUAUGACAUGGAUCCACAGGGGAAGCAGGCUGUCCUCAUGUCUGUUAUCACUGGGGAUGCUGUUCCAGCGGUCCGGGACAUGGAGGACAAGGAGGUAGUGGAAGAGUGUGUCAGGGUCCUGCGGGAGCUUUUUAAGGAGCAGGAGGUCCCAGAGCCACUGCAUUACUUUGUCACACACUGGAGCAAAGACACGUGGUCUCAGAUGUCCUACAGUUUUGUGAAGACAGGCGGGAGUGGAGAAGCCUACGACAUCCUCGCUGAAGACGUGCAGGGAAAAGUUUUCUUUGCUGGCGAGGCCACCAACAGACAUUUUCCUCAGACUGUGACAGGAGCCUACCUGAGUGGGGUCAGAGAAGCCAGCAAGAUGGCUGCCAUGUAAACUCUGUCAGUCCCAGAGAUGAACAAAAAACACACCAGCAUGGACACACGGGUUGCACUGAGACAGACCGUUAAAAAUCAAACUUUGACUACUUCCUCUAAAUUGCUCAACUUUUGGAUGAUGUUUGUACUGUGCUGUGAUUCACUUUCUAACGGAGGGGGAGCGAAGACGCCUCCAGCUCCUGCAACAUUUUUAAACAUGUUUUUUAUUUAUAUGAAGAAAUCCAGCUGAAAUAUGGUUUGUUUAUCAUGAUAUGCAAAAACUAACAGUACCAUGGCAUGAAUAAUGGAAAAGCGAGGUUGGAUGAUGUUACCUUAAAUCUGACUGAAAUCAGUGAAUAUGUAGGAUGUCAGUGAUGAAAUGGUUUGACAUGUCUUUUUUCUUGCAAAGAGGAUGCAUGAAACACUGGUUUACUCUCAAAUCAGAGAAUCAUGAAUUACAACAAAAUUGUGAAUUAACUUGGUAUUUAAUUUACCAUGAUCAUAUUUCAAGAAAUUUUAAUAGCAUUUUUUGGAGAGUUUACAGCCAAUGUUUCAUGUUGCUGUAAUGAAUUUGCAUAGUCUUGUUUGUGAUUCUUGUGUUGGUAAAGGUUGAGACAAAAUGAUUAAAAUGGUUAGAUGACUAGUAUGAGUACUUCUGCCGUAGCACUUUUGAUUUCAGUAGAAAAGGAAUGAACAGUUAAUGAGUAUGACGAGUUAGGAUGACACCAGGUUGUCCCCUUUCUGUCUCAGGGAUGUGAUCAAAACACCUAACAGAUAAUGAGGAUUGAAAACUACGACACAACCCACUGUGUUACCGUGUACGAGUCCCUGAACAAUGAACUUCCUGAGGUUUUAUAUCGGGGAACAGCACAACAUUGUCCUCACUUUGAUAAAUUGAUGUCGACUAAUGAAGCUUUAAAUGUAAGUCCACAUAUCUCUGUCUGGAUCAGCACAUCUAGAUGAUCAUGUCUUCUUCGUUAAACAUUUCAGUGCUUGAUUAUUUAUCUUGUAUGUGUCUAAUAAACUGAGCUAUCAACUGCCA